AUGGAGGACGACGUUCAGGAAGAAUCCGCAGACACCCGACAGACUUUGCCAGUCCCUGUCCCUGUCCCUGUACCUGUCCCUGUCUCCACGUCUUCUCGCAAUAACGAUACGAACGAUACCAACGUUGCCAACGAUACGGAAGCUGACGCCAUGGUCGAGGAUGAACCUGCCUCCGCCAUAUCGUCGCGAUCAACAACUGUGUCACCGGGCCCCGAAUCCACCGCCACUGCCGGUACGACGCCGGGCCCCAGCGCAGAGCCGGAUUCCGUAAAGGAGAUGGACGGGGCUGAGAAUAGUCGGUCGCCCGCUGUGGGAGGCGUGCGAAUACCGUUAAAUGACCACGCCGGCGGUAAUUCUCGCGAAUCCAUUGCCGGUCCGUCGCAGCAUGGGGGCUCCGGUAGGGACCGAGAAGUUGGCAACGCCAGCCCGGUGGAUGACGAGGAGUACCACACGGCCCCUUCGAUGGGCUCUGACUUCCCCAGCAUGAGGGUGAUCCCGACUACGCCAUCCUCGUUCCUCCGACCCGGUAGCAAAUUCCAUGGAACCCAGCAAUCGGAGAAACAAGUGUACGACGUCCAAGUGGAGAUUAAGCAUGUCGACUUGAGGGAAUCUUUUCUCUGCGGAUACCUGCGCAUCCAAGGAUUGACCGAGGACCACCCAACCCUGACGACGUACUUUGAGGGCGAGAUCAUCGGCACCAAGUACAGCUUCCUCACGAAACACGAGAGCUGGGGCGCUUCCGACAAGAUCGACCUCAGCCACUGGAACAAGUUCAGCGCCUUCCAGCCGUACCUGAGAACCGUGCGCAAGGGCCCCGUGUUCAUUAACAAUGUCGCGCAAAAAGAGAACAUCUUCAUGCGGUGGAAAGAGCACUUCCUCGUCCCCGAUCACCGAGUACGCACCAUCACGGGGGCGAGCUUCGAGGGGUUCUAUUACAUAUGCUUCAACCAGGUCAAGGGGGAAGUUAGCGGUAUCUACUUUCACUCCAAGAGCGAGAAAUUCCAGCAACUUGAGCUCAAACACGUCGAAGACAGGGGGUGUGUCCCUGCCAUUGAGUUUCGGUAA